CUCCGUCACAACAGAUGGAUGUCUCGCGCUCUCCUCCUCCCUCCAACAGCUACUGGAUGCACGCGCCCCACUGAUUGUCUCCAACGGCCGGGACAGCGAGCGAGUUGACCGUUGGAGUUGACCGUUAACGGACGGUUGAACCGCAGCGACGGGAAGAAGAGGGAGGAACCAGGAGAACCAGGAGAACCAGGAGAACCAGGAGAGCCCGCGUCCCCGGGUUUGCUCCCCCUCUCUCUCUCGUGACUCAACGAGGUCAGUCUUUACUACGCUCCUCUCAUGCUUACUGAGAAUGGAUGACACACAGUACGGGGUUCAGAUUGGAGAGAACAAAUUCAUCAGCAAGAAGAGGGGGAGCUGAUCAUCGAGGGCUUGCUGAAUAUCUUCUGGGGCCUUCGGCGACCAAUCAGACUUCAGAUGCAGGAUGACCACGAGCGAAUCCGGCCGCCCCCCUCUUCUACGUCCUGGCACUCAGGUUGCAAUCUGGACAGUCAAGGAUCUCCCAACAGCACAGAUGGUCAGCAGGAGACACAGCAGAGCCCGCCCACAGUGGAAGUGACGCCACCUGACAACCAACUAGAGGACAACGGUGUGAUGGAGGAACAGGCAGACGAGGACAGUGACAGCUCCGCUCAGUCCUCAAGGACGAAGAGCGAUGCCGGGGUUCUUGAGACGAGGCCAGCGACGUCACCGAGCGACCAGAGGAAAAUUCGACGCCAUCGUUUCUCCAUCAACGGACACUUCUACAACCAUAAGCACCAGCAUGUUACUCCUGCUUACGGCUCAGUGAAUAAUGUUCGGAUCAAACAGCUGCAUGACAAUACACCUCAGGUGCUCCGAGUUCUCCUCAACAAGUUUAAAAUAGAGAGCAGCCCAGAUGACUUUGCCAUCUACCAGCGUGUGAAACUGAAGCGAAGUGACUACCCUCUGAUACUGAGAGUGAUGCAGGGUCCGUGUGAGCAGGUCUGCAAGAUUUUCCUCAUGGAAGAAGACCUGGGAGAGGAAGUCACAUAUGAUGUGGCGCAGUAUAUCAAGUUUGAAAUGCCUGUCCUGCAGAGUUUCAUCACCAAACUGAAGGAGGAAGAGGACCGAGAGGUGCAGAAACUCAGGAGAAGGUAUACUUACCUGCGGUGUAUAAUUGAGAAGCAGCUCAGUUGUCUUCCAGAGGGGGCGACGUGUAUGUGAUCAUCAAACUGUCAAAACGUCUCGCAGAGCGCCGCAUCCUCCACCCGGCUGGAAACAAGAAUCAUCUGACAAAAACCCAAUGUAUGUGUUCCAGCGAUUAGCCUGCUCCUCUGAAUUCCCGCCUCCGCAUAGGGUCUUUUUCAAAUCCGUCAACAUACAGACAAAACUUAAACAUGCUAGACUGUGUGCAUGUUAAAGUGUGACCAUCUCAGCAGUGGACUUUAAGUCUUAAUUCAGACCCAAUCACUGUAUCUCCCUCUGCUUUUCUUAACAUAUAUUUCUUUGUUAUCAGUACACACAGAAAGAUACUCCUCUACUCCUUUUAGUAUUUUUAACCUUUUUGCAGUGCAGUAAAAAUGAGACGUCCUGUCUUCUGUCUUACCCUCCAGAUUAAGAGCUAAUACCCCAAAUCAAUUUAAAGCACAAACGUCACAUAAUAUGGUUUUAGUAAAGUGCCUGUUAAAAGGUUAAAAGCACAAAGACACACCGGAAAAUUCUGGAGGGUUUUACUGGAAACUACCUAGAUACAUUUGAAUAACGGCAAAACACAGUUCCAGUCAAUGUGAAACCGUUGUGGUCUCAUCUUGUUGCAUAUCCCAUAAUGCAUCCCUGCCUUAUGUAAGACGGCAAGAAGAUUUCAACAUCAUUCCGCACACAACGCCUCCUGGUAGGGAUUGGAUAUCGGACCGGCUGUACAAUGCAACAGUUUGUGACGCGAAAGCACAAGAAAAGACUGUGAAUUACGCCGAUGAUCUUUUGAUGGAAGAAUGUUGUAAAUGUAUGAAUGAGCAUUUAAAAGCAGCACAGUUUGCCUCCACAUGUACAGCGCUUUGCAUACAUCUGCUAUUGUCCGUGUGCGUACGGCCCCGUCCGUUCAAUAUUUCUAACACGGUUGUUGAAAAGGUCAUCAGGAGCGUGUGCGUGAGAGUGUGCAUGUUGUAUUUUUAGUGACUCUAAAGACUUGCCUGCUUUUUGUAUCGUGUCUUUUACAAAAUAAUGAAGGAACCGUAGUCUUUGAGAUGUUAAGAACUCAUGCCACGACUUGGAAAAUGUGGGUUUUUUCUUACAAUGAUUGUUAUUUAAUAAAAAAACAAAAAAACGGUAUGUUGAGAAAAGAUUAA